AUUCCAGGGUGGCUUCAGCUCUUCUGGUACAGCAUCGGGAGAAUAACUGCAAACAAAGGACCUAAUCUUAAUGGGCUUUUUGGAAGACAAUCUGGAACAACUGCCGGAUAUUCCUACUCGGCUGCUAACAAGGGCAAGGCUGUGAUCUGGGAAGAGAACACUUUGUAUGAUUACUUGCUCAACCCCAAGAAGUAUAUUCCUGGAACUAAGAUGGUUUUGCCGGGACUGAAGAAGCCACAGGAACGUGCGGACCUCAUCGCAUAUCUGAAGGAUGCUACUGCAUAAGUUAUUUCUCCUAUUCUAUUGAGCCCUUUUUAGAACUACAAAGGUGAAUGAGAAAGGAGAAGACAAACUACAAUUCCUUUCCAAAAUAAAUAUACUUCCGACUUCCGAGCUACUCUGUUCUUGUUCAUUGAGUGCUGAUGUAGACUCCGGUUUUUGAGAUGAGGUGGUAUUUGACACCAAAACAAUUGAUUAUGUCAAGAUUUUAGAUAGCUAUAUAUCAUAUGAUUAUUUUGUCAAAGCAGCAAUGGAUGUUUUGAUACAUUGGCUUAAAAGUUAUCAUGCAAUUUGUAUUUUAAGAAUCGGUACUUUUGACUA